UGUCCAAAUUAGGGUUUUGCAAUUCCACAGGGUUUUAAUCUUUCACCAUUUCUAAAAACCUCACAAAAAAAUGUCUUCUCUAAUGGCGAUUCGUUGCGCACGAACCCAAAAGAUCGUCACAUUAGGUUCUCUUCUCCAAGUACGUUCCUCAUUUCCCAGACUCUCCUCUCAAUUCCACUGUUCCGGUACCCUAAACUCGUUUCCGAUCAAAAACCUGAGCACAUCCGCCGCCACGAACGAUUACUACCAGAAUCCUCCGUCUGGACCACCGUCUCAACCACAACGGCCAUAUCCACCUCCUCAAAGCUUCGAUUCUCAAGGUUAUCAGAACCAGACGAACACUAAUCAAAGAGCUCCUCAAAACCCUAAUCAGUGGAGUCCUCAGAAUAAUCCUCAAUACGGUGGUAACAGACCUCAAUACGGUGGGAACAGGCCUCAGUACGGUGGUCAAAGACCUCAGUACGGUGGUGAAAGGCCUCAAUACGGUGGUGAAAGGCCACAAUAUGGUGGUCCUGGUAACAAUUAUCAGAAUCAGAAUGUUCAACAAAGUCCUCAGAGUCAGUAUUACAAUCCGCAGCAGCAGCAACCACCAAGAAGCUCGAAUCAGAUCCCUAAUCAGAUGAAUCAGCAGACGAAUGAGGUAGCUCCUCCUAGUGUUGAAGAGGUGGUGAGGUUGUGUGAGCGUAGGUUAUAUAAAGAUGCGAUUGAGUUGCUUGAUAAGGGAGCUAUGCCUGAUAGAGAAUGUUUUGUUUUGUUGUUUGAGUCUUGUGCGAAUUUGAAGUCUCUUGAGCAUUCUAAGAAGGUGCAUGAUCAUUUCCUGCAGUCUAAGUUUAGAGGUGAUCCGAAAAUGAACAAUAUUGUGAUUAGUAUGUUUGGGGAGUGUAGGAGUGUUACUGAUGCUAAGAGAGUGUUUGAUCAUAUGGUUGAUAAAGAUAUGGAUUCUUGGCAUUUGAUGAUGCGAGCGUAUAGUGAUAACGGAAUGGGAGAUGAUGCGUUGCAUUUGUUCGAGGAGAUGGCUAAACAAGGGUUGAAGCCAAAUGAGGAGACCUUCCUUACUGUUUUCGAGGCUUGUGCUACUGUGGGCGGGAUAAAAGAAGCGUUUCUGCAUUUCGAUUCGAUGAAAAACGAGCAUGGGAUUGCUCCAAAGACAGAACAUUAUUUGGGUGUUUUAGGUGUUCUUGGAAAAUGUGGACAUCUUGUUGAGGCAGAGCAAUACAUCCGUGACCUUCCUUUUGAACCCACAGCUGAGUUCUGGGAAGCUAUGAGGAACUAUGCUCGGCUACAUGGAGAUAUCGAUUUAGAGGAUUACGCAGAGGAAUUGAUGGUUGAUCUUGACCCUUCAAAGGCUGUUACCAACAAGAUUCCUACCCCUCCACCCAAAUCAUUCAAGGAAACAAAUAUGGUUACUAGUAAGAGUAGGAUCCUUGAGUUCCGAAAUCUGACAUUUUACAAGGAUGAAGCCAAGGAGAUGGCUGCAAAGAAGGGAGUGGUUUAUGUUCCAGACACACGAUUUGUUCUGCAUGAUAUCGAUCAAGAGGCCAAAGAACAGGCACUACUCUACCACAGUGAGAGGCUAGCGAUUGCUUAUGGUAUCAUUUGCACCCCACCUCGGAAGACGCUCACAAUCAUCAAGAAUCUCCGUGUUUGUGGUGACUGUCACAACUUUAUCAAGAUCAUGUCCAAAAUCAUUGGUAGAGAGUUGAUCGUGAGAGACAACAAACGUUUCCAUCACUUCAAAGACGGUAAAUGCUCCUGUGGUGAUUACUGGUAGAGCCGCGUUUUCCAUGCCUUUCGUUUCGGAUCAUGUAUAGCGCUCUAAGCUCUUGUCAGAAGUUUGCUAGUAGCUGGGAAUGGAAUAGUAUUUGCUACGUUGUUACAACUCUCAUCUGCUCUAGUCCGUUUAUGUACUAACUUUUGAAUAAGUUAAUGCUUUAUAUCUUAUUGGGGGUUAUGUCGA